CCCGUGACGUGCUGAGUUGGCCGGCUGCCGGGCUGGACCUCAGCCUUUCCCCGCCUGGGGCCGCCGCGGCACCAUUGGUGGCUCCGCGUCUCCAAAAGGGACCCUCUGACUCUUCGCUGGGCCAGUACAGUGCUGGGUCGUGGAGCUUCGCACAACUCCCGCUGGUCGCUGACCGGGAUCCCUCCUCCCCAGAGUUGCGAGCAACUUUACCCUCUUCCUGGCGCUGCAGUGGCUCGCGGACCUUGGCCACCGCAGGUAGCUGAACCCGGACGACGCUCCCCGCGCCUCGGCUGCGCGCGCGCGUAGGUCGCUCUCUCUCUGGGUGCACGCUGGGGGUCCCCGAGCUGGGCUCUGCGGGCGAGAUGCCCCUGGGACACAUCAUGAGGCUGGAUCUGGAGAAAAUUGCCCUGGAAUACAUCGUGCCCUGUCUGCACGAGGUCGGCUUCUGUUACCUGGACAACUUCUUGGGCGAGGUGGUGGGCGACUGCGUCCUGGAGCGCGUCAAGCAGCUGCACAGCAACGGAGUGCUGCGGGACGGCCAGCUGGCGGGGCCGCGCGCUGGCGUUUCCAAGCGGCACCUGCGGGGCGACCAGAUCACGUGGAUCGGGGGCAACGAGGAGGGUUGCGAGGCCAUCAGCUUCCUCCUGUCUCUUAUCGACAGGCUGGUCCUGUACUGCGGGAGCCGUCUGGGCAAAUACUACGUCAAGGAGAGGUCCAAGGCAAUGGUGGCUUGCUACCCAGGAAAUGGAACAGGUUACGUUCGACAUGUAGACAACCCCAACGGUGACGGCCGCUGUAUCACCUGCAUCUACUAUCUGAACAAAAAUUGGGAUUCCAAGCUACACGGUGGGGUCCUGCGGAUAUUUCCAGAAGGGAAAUCAUUUGUAGCAGAUGUGGAGCCCAUUUUCGACAGACUCUUGUUCUUCUGGUCAGAUCGCAGGAACCCACAUGAAGUCCAGCCUUCCUAUGCGACCAGAUACGCUAUGACUGUUUGGUACUUUGAUGCUGAUGAAAGGGCAGAAGCCAAAAAGAAAUUCCGGAAUUUAACUAGGAAAACAGAAUCUGCCCUCACUGAAGACUGACAGAGUGUGCUCUGAAAUCUGCUGGCCUCAUUCAGUUUAGCAACGGUUCCUGAAUCCUAAGAGUUGAUACCCAAAGAAAAAGAAGGCCUCUUCAGUGAUUCUGUGAUGAGAAAACCCCCCUACGGCUUACAUCAUUCACAACCCUGUCUUGCGAGUGGUACUUUUUGUUUUCUUGCCAAGACUGCGUCCACCUUCAGACACUCUCUUUGCCAGAUGAACUCAUUUGCUAACUCCAAAAAUACCUGCAGACGACCUCGCUGGCCAGCGAUUUAGCUGAUAGAUUUAGUAACACUGUCUACCAAAAUGAGAGUCCGGAAACAUGGGUGAGGGAAUGAAUCUUACUUGCACUUUAUGUACACUUCCUGAUUUGAAAGGAGGAGGUUUGCAAAGACAAAAAAAGAAAAAAAAAGAUGAUAGAUGCCAUAGAGAGGUGUCAUUGAAGCCUUAACAGUAAGAAACAGAAAUCUGUGUCAUCUGAACAAUUUCCAGAUGUUCUUAAUCCAGGGCUGUUGGGGUUUCUGGAGAGUUAUCACAACCUAAUAACAUUAUUACCUCUAGAAAGGGCUGCUGUCAUUAUCAUCAAUUUAUAAGUGUCCUGAGAGUAGACACUCCUUUUUCCUGGUCCUGCAACCUGGACCUUCUGCCUCCGCCCCAUUUUGCUGAAAAUAUGACCUUCUGAUCAAAGAUGACAACACCAUUUAUUUUCUAUUUUUUCACUUCUUACUUGGAGAACCUAAUUCCUCAGAGGCAAAAACUAAACGUUAAUUGUUUUAGCUGCUUUGUUGAAAUGGACUUUGAAUUUAUAUCAAAGGGGAAAAAAAAAUCUACCUGGUAGUUUAGUCAGCAACCUCUGAUAAUGGUGUCGAAAGACCUGGGUCUUCCGACAUACGACAAAUGUGUGCAUCUUGAACAGUCUGAGAGUGGAGGUGGAGUUGGAAAUGUGGGCAUUCUCAUUUUUCAGUUUUCCUUUUUAAUGAGCUCACCCUUCUUCUUCAGCAAAAUAAGAAAAAUAACAAAAAAUAGGGUGCUGUAUUUUAAAAAGGAAGUGGAAAUAAAACAAAAAAAUGCUGAAAAGCUGUUUGAGUUCUUUCCCAUUUUCUCCCCUAAGUUGCCUUUUUCAACAGACUUGCCUGUCCAGAUCCAGUGUGGCCAGAAUCACGGAGUUGGCUAUAAUUCUGGAGGGUCCUAUCACUGCAGAAGCACAGAAUCUGCUGCCUCAAGAACUCUAUCGAGUGCCUAUUUUAUGAAUGUUACUCUUCCUGGUUUUCAGUUCCAUUUUCAUAGUUUUAAAAUCCUUUUAAUUUCCUGCUUGAACAUCAGAGCCAGAAAUAUUUUGUCAUUUACUGAUAUAUAGACGUUCUAAGAAAGAAGCUUAUUUUUUCUUCUCCUGGUUUUAGCAAAUUUUGAAAUAAAAUGUGUCUUCAGUCUCAUAACUGCUCUCUUUUUCCCAUAGUACUUAUCAACUUCUAACUUACUAUGUAAUUAUUUAUUAUGUUUAUUAUCUUGUAUACUUCCUCUAGAGUGUAAGCACAAAGAAGACAGGGAUUUUUGUAUGUUUUUAAUCAAUGGAAUGUAUCUCCAGCACCUAAAAUAGUGCCUGGCACACAGUAAAGGCUCAGUAAAUACGUAUUGAAUAAACUCACUCUGCUACCUUA